AUGUCUACUUCCAUCAUUCACUCGUACAGUCUGACACUUCCAUCAAUUCGCUCGUCCAGGUGUUCAUUUCGAUCAUUCACUCGUCCCGUUGUUGACUUCCAUCAUUCGCUCGUCAAGCUUUGUUCACUUCCAUCAUUCGCUAAGUUAGCUGUCUACUUCUAUCAUUCGCUCGUAAACCCUGUCACAUCUAUCAUUCGCUCGUCCAACUGUUCACUUCCAUCAUUCGCUCGUCUUGCUGUCAACUUCCAUCAUCCGCUCGUACACCCUGUCACAUCUAUCAUUCGCUCAUCCUGGUGUUCACUUCCAUCAUUCGCUCGUGUAGCUGUCUACUUCCAUCAUUCGCUCGUAGAGCAGGUGUUCACUUCCAUCAUUCGCUCGUGUAGCUGUCUGCUUCCAUCAUUCGCUCGUACAGCUGGUUACUCGCUUGUCCAGGUGUUCACUUCUAUCAUUCGCUCGUCCAAUUGUUCACUUCCAUCAUUCGCUCGUACAGUUGUUCACUUCCAUCAUUCGUUCGUCCAUUUGUUAACUUCCACCAUUCGCUCGUCCAGGUGUUCACUUCCAUCAUUCGCUCGUACAGCCGGUCACUCGCUCGUCCGGUUGUUCACUUCCAUCAUUCGCUCGUACAGUUGUUCGCUUCCAUCAUUCGUUCGUCCAGUUGUUCACUUCCACCAUUCGCUCGUCCAGUUGUUCACUUCCAUCAUUCGCACGUCCAGCUGUUCACUUCCAUCAUUCGCUCGUCCAGUUGUUCACUUUCAUCAUUCGCUCGUACAGUUUUUCACUUCCAUCAUUCGUUCGUCCAGUUGUUCACUUCCAUCAUUCGCUCGUGUAACUGUCUACUUCCAUCAUUCGCUCGUAAACCCUGUCACAUCUAUCAUUCGCUCGUCCAACUGUUCACUUCCAUCAUUUUCUCGUCGAAAUGUUCACUUUAAUUAUUUGGUCGUCCACGUGUUUACUUCCAUCAUUCGCUUAUUCAUUUAUUCGCUUCCACCAUUCGCUUAUCUUGUUUUUCAUCUUCAUCAUUCGCUUCUUCAGUUGUUAACGUCCAUCAUUCAUUCCUCUAAUUGUUCACUUCCACUAUUCGUUUCUCCAGCUCGUCACUUCCAUUAUUCCUUUAUCUCGUCUACUUUAAAAUAUUGUCUUUCGUUAUUGUCUUCUUAUGUUUUAUACAGAGUAUCUAACGAAAUUUAUUUCCCGCGUUACACCAUAACAGUUACGUAA